CAUCCUCAUAAAUARUGUUCAGGAAYAUYGGAUCGAUCAACACACCUUUCUUUUACUACCAUGGUCUUGUCGUUAUCGUCCCUUUUAUCGACGUCGACCUCUUCGUCGUCCAUGAUUCCWAACCAUCAUCCUUCGAAAGUUCACAACGACUGCRAUAAAAUCAGCGAUACCGAUUCAAGUCUAUCUCAUCUUGCUGAAUCUAUCCUGAGAAUUUCGGARACCCAUGAAGUYACCAGAUUCUACAACAACUACAAUAGCGUUCACGACARUAAAACAAUUAAGGGAACAGGGGGUCUCUAUUCGAAUGGACUCUUGCGUAUGAUGACGGGCGAACGCAAUUACAGCGACAACGGAAAGGAAUUUCCAGCACCUACACUUUCAAAUACCGUGAUAGCGCCACCCUCCGGGAUGCUCUCGGGCUGGAGCGGCGAUGUGGAUUGGGAAUCAAAGCGGCGGGCCGAAUUUUCUCAGCUAGAAAGCAGCAGCAACAACAAUACAGCCAACAAGCAACGGCAGCUUCGGAAAGUGAUUCGGGCACGGCGAAAGAGCGUCAACCAACAACGAUUCAAGGUGGCCUCUUUGCGCCGCCAGCGCCUCCGCCUGGAGCGCCUCCAUUCGAAAAAUAUGAAGAGCCUCGAAUCGAACGUGCCGCUCUCGCAAUGUUUGCGGGAUUGCUCGGAUUCGYCCGUGUCGUCGUCGAGAGGGUCUGCGGUGAGCAACAAAGGGGGGCUCCGACGGCGUGCUUCACGAUUUGGCAGCGGGGACAUUGCCAAGGGGAGACUGGAGUGGAAGCAGAAAGAACAAAAUGAAGAACAAGAUCGAGAUCGAGAACUACGAUGGAGUCGGAAUUGUAGUCGAAGAASAUUGAUAACAUCCCUGGACAACAACAAAGAUAACAACAGACUUCAAUUGAGGUUUCUACGGGAACAGAAAAAAUCCCAGCGAGCUCUGUUGGAUUUACAGGUGGGAUUAAAGCACAUGGGGCUGUGAAAAAGCGCAGCGAUAUUCGCUCACAGGUACUAUCUCUUUCUUGAACAUACAAACUGCAAUACAGUUUUCCCCCCUCCCUUUUACCUAGAAGUCAUUACUACUAGUAGUACUACUAGUAGUACUACUAGUAGUACUACUAGUAGGAGGAGAAGAGGAGAGGGGAACAAGAAGAACAACAACAAGACUUCUUGUUGAACAAGAACAAGCAGAAGACCAAAGAUGAAAUGAAUAAGUUGCCUAAUU